AUGAUAAAUAAUCCAAAGAACUAUGUCUGUGUUUUUCCAAGAACGAAAUCCGCAAAAAGUACCCAAUAUAUAUAUAUAAAGAUAGAGGUUACAAGGCAGAAUGUUCUAAGAGAAAUUAACGAGGUUUACAUAUACGAACUUAAAAAAUUGGUUUAUAAACUGAAUUCUGAUGCUUUAGUACUAUGGCACAACUAUAAAAGUGAUGAAGUAUUUGAUAUUUUUGUUGGCCUAGACUACCGUACAUCCCGGAACGGAAGUCUGCCUAAUCGCGGUCCGAAGUAUUCUAUACUUCUCUGUGUCAUGACAAUAUGUAUGCAUAUUGUCAGUACAAAGAUAAAAAUGAAACUGGUACAUUACAAAGAAAAUAACAUCUCCAUCAGGAAAUCGAUGCUUCUACAGAGAUCUUGGAAGACUCUAGAAGAAUAUACACAUGUAUUAGGAUUCUUUGAACUUAACAACUAUGAAGAUAGAAAAAAGGGAAACAAUGUGGCCACUGAUAGAGAAUCUUGCCUUAACUCUUUGCUAUCUAUUGAAAUAUAUAAAUUGGUACCAAGGGAGUAUUUUAAAGCAGAAAGAAAAUGA